AUGCUUCUCACCGAGCUCAUCCUCUCAAAGCGCGGACCGCUAGCGAAGGUCUGGCUGUCGGCGCAUCAUGAACGGAAAUUGAGCAAGCAGCAGACGCUGGGAGUGGACGUGGAGGAGAGUGUAGAUGCUAUUCUUACACAAGAUGAAGGACCCACAACUCUCCGUCUCUCCGGACAACUCAUGCUGGGUGUCACCAGGAUCUACUCGCGGAAAGUGCAGUACCUCCUGGAUGAUUGCAAGGAGACCAAAGACCGGAUUAGCUUGGCUUUCCGUCCCGGUGUUGUCGACUUGCCGGAGGACCAGAUCAAGGCGUCAAAGAAUGCCAUCACCUUCUCGGACGCGCGGAAUGACUUUGACUUCUUCGACUGGUCAUGGAACGCUCCUGCUGGCGGCGCAGAAUUCCAAACCUCCAAGUUCACAGCAUCCCAAGCCAAAAUCCUCAAACCCACUACCAAGGAAUUCGGAGCCUACAACUUCGGUCAACCCGCCCCUCCUUCCCUCUACGGCGGCUCCAGUUCCCGUCACGGCUCGCACGACGGCGAGACGUCUUCUCAUCUGGACUCGCAAGAUUUCUCGGGUAUCGACCUCGAUCUCAACUUGGACGACUUUGCGCCCGGCCGACCCGCCGACGAUGCAUUCUCGGUCGAGAUGGGUCGGAGGGAAAGUGCGAGUCGCCAGGGCAGCGUGAUGAGCGAGAUGAUCAUUGCGAGGGGAAGGGAUAGUAGUGUGGGGAUGGGCAACUUUGAUGCGGGAGGGUUCGACGCCGGGUUUGAUGGUGGAUUUGACGGAGGAGCGGAGUUUGAGCAGGUGGAUCUGCAUCUGGAUCUGGAUGCGUUUGGCGCGGAUGAGCCGUUGCCUGAGCUGAGGAAGGAGGGGCGUGCAGAAUCGAUCAUCUCGUCCACCCUCUCCACUCCCCCUCCAGCCUCACCCCAAGAAACCGUCGACGCCGACAUCACCCCUCGUACCGCCGUCCGCAUCGCCAAAGCACCUGAACGUCUCAGCGAGAAACGGGUCAAGAAGCCUCGCAUGAUUCGCGCGGACCAAGAGCUCGAGCUCGACGACUCGUACUUUGCCGCUCCAAAGGGCGAUUCUGCCAUCCUCCGGCAAGACGACUUUGUCGCUUUCGACGCCGCGUCGGCCGGACUUCUCGGAAACGACUCGACAGAUCCGGCGGAUAUCUUCCUCCCUACCGUCAAGGUCGGGAAUGAGUCGAUGAUCUACGCUGGUCCCGCUGGGUUGGCGGAGGAGCUUCGGGAGUUCUUCAUGUUCCCCACGACAGUGCUGCGGAGGGGUCGGGCUGCGUCGGGCGUGGAUGAUGGGGAGGAGAGACAGGCCAAGCGGCCCCGCUUAGAGGCGCCAGAGGCGGACGAGCAGGAGCCGGAGGCGGAGGCGCCGCUCGCGCAUGAGGACGAGGAGGUGGAGAUCGGGCGUCGGCAAUCCACACUGCCGCCCGAUUUCGACUUUGAUCCCCUCGCGGGCCGGAUGGGACCGGACGACACCUUUGACUUCCAGCCGGACAACAUGAUGGACGAUCAACCAAUGUUCGAUCUCGGCGACAACAUGACACCCCGGAAAGAGACGCCCGCCCCGGACAACCAGGCGAUGCGUCAACCAUCCCUCGCUCCCUCCCUCGCUCCAUCCCGCGCAGAAAGUCUGGCUCGACAAGUCCAGUACGGCGAGACUGGGGACGAGUACGCUCUGGCGAUGUUUGAUGCGCGGACGGGGGUAUCGGAGAGCCAGAGCCAAAGUCAGGCCAUGAGCCAGAGUCAGGUGACGCCGACGAAGAGUGUCGCUUCGGAGGCUAUGACGAAGGGAGGGUAUAGCAAGAAUACGGGGAUGGCGAUGGGCCUGUUGAGGAGGGAAUUGGAGGUGAUUGAGGGAGAGGCGGCAAAGAAGGUCGAGUUUGACCAGAUUGCGCAGAAGGCGUCAAAACGAGCUGCUGCAACAUUCUUCUUUGAGCUGCUUGUGCUGGGUACUAGGGAUUGCGUCAAGUUGGAGCAGAAGAAGCCGUUCGAGGGGAUCGAAGUGAGGGGCAAGGAGAAGCUGUGGGAGGAGAUUGCGGCUUGA